UGUAUUUGGCAAGGAAUAAAGGGUAAAGCAGGCAGGAAUUCGCCGCCGCUUCUCCUCUCCAUUUUGUUCCAGGGAUAUCGUCGUUUCUCUUCCUCAUCUUCUCCAUCGAUUCCGCGACGAAGAGCUAACAUCGUCGUUGCUACCACAGAUUGCUUCCAUGGCGUCAAUUUGGUGGGUGUAGGUGUUCGUAGGUUGGGCGAUCUUUGGGUCGAUGCUAGAUCUGGACGCAGACGCUGGAUAGAUGCCACUCUGCAGAUCCUUCUUCACUUGGAUUGGCCAGCUUCUCGCCUGCAUGGGAGCAGAGGUUGUUUUGGAUGUUGUACUAAGCCCACACCAAUUAUUGCUGUGGAUGAGCCAUCAAAAAGUUUGAAAAUCCAAGGUCAGACAGUUAGAAAACCUAACUUUUCUGAAGAUUUUUGGAGUACGAGCACUUAUGAGAUGGAAAAUAGCGGAGUUCAAUCACAGAGGAGUGUUUCUUCAAUCAGCACAUCAGCGCAACCCUUUGACCACCAUGGUGGAGCAGGAAGCACGAGCAACCCUUCAGAAUUUGUGAAUCAUGGUCUUCUUCUAUGGGCUCAAACCAGACAGCAUUGGACUGGAAAUAAAAAGUCAGAGAUGCAGCCACAGCAACUCCGAGAACCAAGAUUAAGUUGGAAUGCAACAUAUGAAAGUUUACUUGGAAGCAAUAAGCCAUUUCCACAACCCAUUCCCCUAUCAGAAAUGGUAGAUUUUCUCGUGGACAUCUGGGAGCAAGAGGGAUUAUAUGACUAAGCCUGAGAUGUUUCUAUUAAAUGCUAUUGUGAUUUGUGGGGUAAAAAUAGGAAUGGUUUGCCGUUGAACCACUGACUAUCCAAGAGUUAAAGGUGGUGUGUUCAAGUAUUUCAAACAGGAACGUUACAGUCAUGAUAAAUAUUGCUCAUGAUGUAGUGCUUGCAUAAUUGAAUAUACUUGAGAACUGUGUGGCAACUGCCUCGACAUGUGAUUGCUGAUGUUAGACCUCAGAUGUAAUUUUUGUUUCUAUAGAUGGAUUCACUCUUCAACGUCUACGUAAAUCAAUAUUAAUGUAGCCACUCUAGUAAGGUGCUGAAUGUUUAUUUCUGAAUGUUUAUUUUA